AUGCUCACUGAUGCUACGAUGCCAUACGAGAAUGAUCCAACCCAUCUACUCAUCUGGUUAGAUCGAAAAAUUGGAGAUCACUCCAGAUAUCAACAUCUAAAGAAAUCAUUUUCCACAAUAGCUGAUCCUACAAAUGAAACUCCAGUUGAAUUGCGCGAUGCAGAUUAUGAUGAUGUACUUCGCGCCGAAGGUCCUCUGCCAAUUAAUUUCGAAGGUGUUCAGUUUCUUUUAGCAGUAUUUCGAACUGUUGAUCCUUGUAUUGAAUGCUUCGAACGCAAUCAAAAUCGACGCAUUUACUUCAUUGUCUCCGGAGUCCUGGGAGAAGAAAUUGUACCGAUACUUCUCCAAAGAUUUCCUAAUAUAUUUAUCAAUCGAAUUACUGGGAAAACAUACCAUUCAAUUUAUAUCUACUGUCACGAUAUUAAAUUGCAGAUGAAUUGGGCAAUUAAUUAUACAGACUAUAUUCAAAUCUUCGAUUUUGACGCAGAUGUACUGUCACGUUUGGUACGUGAUAUAGCCGAUAGUUUUACCGAAGAAGGCGAACGUCUAUUCAAUGAAAACCCCCGAAAGAAUGCAGCUGCUAAACAUCGACUAAUGUGCGCACAUAUAUUGUACCAACGAUAUACAAAAAUGGAAAGCGUUUCAUUGAAAACCGAAUUAGAUAGAGUAAAUGACCUACUCGACCAAAUAGAGGAAGAUAGAGCGUCAUCGUUUUCUAACGCAAUGAUGUAA